AUGGAACAAGUUCUGCGCUCAAGUUCUGCAGGAUUAUUUUCAAACGGAUUCAUCUUCUCUAUCAGAAUUGUAGUUCAAGAGGUUCUAUUCUCUUGGAGGUAGGUUUAAUUGACGGCUUUUGCAUUUGGAUAGGGAAUUCCAACUUCCAAUCCAGCUUUUUUAAUAGAGUAUUACUCAUGGUAUAUGAGCCUUAUCAAUUCACGACGUUAUUCGUCAGUCACCCUGAUAUAUUUUUUCACCAUCACUUGCCUAUUCUCAGCCGCCAUGAUUGCUCUUGUGCAAUCACAAUAGUCCCAAGCAGCAGUAAAAACUACAAUCAAUGGAAUCAAGGAUGCUGCCAUUAAACAUAUCACGACUGUUAAAGACAUUCAACUUCUACCAAAAAUAGGGUAGACUGAAAAUCAAUAAAAGGCCCAGAAAGGAUUCUUAAGUCUCUAGAGUGUGCUCCCUUCUCAAGAUCUAUAGCAAUAACUUCAAGGACUUCCAACUGAUCAAGUCAUUGGAGUGCUACCUAACCAAGACAAUUUGACUCCAGCUUAACAAGCACAGACAGCUUUGCUUGGCCAAGCCAGAGGAGAAGUACUUAGAUAGCUAGAACUUCAAAGAUAGCAAAUAUCAAUCUAGUACUAAGCUGAGUUAGAGUCAUUGAAAGCUAGCCUUACAGCUCAAAGUGGAAUGCUACCAGGGUGUGACUGGGCCUGUGUCGACUAAUGCUCCUUAGCAUCAGUCACAUUGGUUGACAAGGUACAAUGCUUCUAGCUCUGCAACUGCUAUACCUAGGCUUCCUUGCAAUACACUUAGAAUUCCACUUCAGUAUUCAAUACUCUGCCUUAGUAGACUAUUACGUAAUAGCAACCCGUACCCAUAUCUUUAUUCACAUUAAAUGAGACUAUGCUUGUAUCAGAUUCUAACUUAACUUUGCCACUAAUUACUAGCAAUCAGACUUAAGAUGCACCAGUAGUCAUAUCAUCAUUAGACCUAUUAAAUCUAACUAUCCCAUCUGAACCACUCUUGAACGCCACUGAUGUCAUUUAAGUGAUUGACUUAAUAAAUAGUAACACCUCUAAUAUUGAGAUCCAAGCUAUUGUGUAAAAUGUAUCUUCUCAAUUACCAGUAUAAACUGAGGCUAUUCCCACUAAUAAUAGCAACUAAAUACUUGACUCAAUUAGCCAGAUACCAGUCGUUGCAUAAUAAGAGUCUGCUGCUAAAGUUAGUGGAGUCAAGGAUAUUUAACAAGUAGUUCUAGACAGCGCAUUAGUUGCAAACACUACCUAAGGACAGGAGCUGUAAUCAGUUUAAAACUAAACAAAUGUUACUUAAACAUCAAUUGAGACCAAUACCUCUGUAGUACCAUAAGAUUUAUAAGUUCAGGUUACUCAAACUGUUUAAACGACAACUAGAGCAAAAUAAACUGAUAUUAAUGCCAAUUCAUUACCAAUACCCGAAUAAGUAACCCAAAUUCCAGUAUCAAAUCAACAAAGUACUGCUUAAAUCUAAUAAACCGCAAAUUAAAUAACUUCUAAAGUCCCAAUAAUAUAAUCAACCACAACUGUUGCUUAGGAAGCAUAAACUCAGACUGGAGACUUGAAUAUAUAAGCUUAAACUUAAGCAUCAAUAACCCCUUAAGUUACUGUCCCAUUAUAAUAAACAGGAGCUAAUCAAGUAGUUUAAUAGAAAACUACUGAUUAAACUUUAGCUUAAACUAACUCUCAGUAGUAAUAACAAACUGUUGGAUAAUUAAACUAAGAUUCUUAAAAAUUACCUACUUAGAUAGUCGAACAGCCAUUGUCUACUCAGUAAUCAUAAUAGGUUUCCCCAUAAUUGACUGCUAAUACACCUUUAGUGUAAUCUCAAUCCUAAUCUGUCAGUUAAGUCACAGAUCAAACACUAUAGAAACCAGCAUUCAUGACCCCUUCUGAAUGGAACAACUUCCUAGCUGAAAGAGCUAAGUAAGAUUAUUUGAGAUACCAAGACCUACUGUAAAGGCAAUAGCAACUUGCCAUUAAGGAGAUUUAGUUCUAGCAGCAAGUUUCCCAGCAGUCAGUUCUAGACUAGAUCAAAAUGAAGCAUGAUAGGGCAAAGCAAGUAUAGGAAGCCAUUAAAUCAGAGGUAGAGUAUGAAGUCAACUUAACAGUUGAGAAUAUGCAAGUUACCUAUAAUGAGGGUAACAAACAGUUUGCAGACGUUAUUGUUAACACUGCCCAUGCACUCCAGUGCAAUGCUCAAUGUGUCCAGUAAUGUACCAAAGUAUUAACCACUCUCGAGGGAAAAGCUCAAUGCCUAGAUAUCUGCUAAUGCUUGUCUGCUACAGCAACUGGUUCCUAAAGUAGUACUGGGUUCUCAACUCUAUUCAACGACACACCUGAGCUUGCUCAAACAGACUAUACUACAUCUACAAUAUUCUAUACUAUGAUAGUGCUAGCCGUCCUUGCCUUCAUUGGCUAUAGUCUUUAUGUUUCUAAGAAAAGAGAAGAAUUGGAUAAGAGUAAUGAACUUCAAGAAUACUUCCUUUUGAAAGAUUGA